GGGUUCAAAAGAACAAACAGCCUGUCCCUGUUAAUCUUUUCCCCAUCUCCUAUUCAUACACUUCUCACAAACCCUAAACAUGGAACCUCUUUUCGUUUCUUCCACUCUAGAUAAGAAUCUCAGUUAACUAUCUUCCUUCAUUUUGUGUAUUCUCUCUCUCUCUCACUAAAUUCUAAACCUCAAUAAACUAAAUUAUCCUUGACUUUCUGUACGGUCACUUUUAAUGGCAUUCUGCAAAUGGGGACCGUCCAAGAGCUGUAACUGAGUGGCUGGAAAGAGUAAAACCAGUCUUAGGUUGGGGAACCUGCCUCCUGUGGAAUUUCAGAUUAUAUAUAUGGACUGGAACUCAAGAACAACUUCUUGGGAUUUGACUGAGUUUGCGCAAGUAGAAAUGCCUAGCGUGGAUGAUUCCGGCGGCUUUCAGAAUCAUGGGAUUAGAGGCCAUUUUUCGGUCGAUUUGAAGCUUGGUCAGGUGGGAAAUUCAAGCAACCAGUCAUCAACAAAUAAGUGGAAGGAGCUUGGAGUCUCAAAAAUGGUGUCUUUAAAUUCAGGAUCAGCGAAGAGGGCACGAGCGGGGACUAAUGGAACUCAGGUAGCGUCGUGCCUCGUGGACGGGUGUGCUGCCGAUCUUAGUAAUUGCAGAGACUAUCAUAGGCGCCAUAAGGUCUGUGAACUCCACUCUAAGACUCCACAAGUUACAAUUUGUGGCCAUAAACAACGAUUCUGCCAACAGUGCAGCAGGUUUCAUUCGCUGGAGGAAUUCGAUGAAGGUAAGCGAAGCUGUAGAAAACGCUUAGAUGGUCACAAUAGGAGGAGAAGGAAGCCUCAGCCAGAUCCCCUCGGACAUUCAGGGAGCGUUUUGUCCAAUUAUCAAGGUCCCCGUCUGUGGCCAUUAUCUAAUGUGACUGUGUAUCCCUCCUCUGCUUUGGUGAACCCAGGCUGGACCGGGGUUGUCAAUGGUGAAGGGGAGGCCAGGCAUAAUAAUAACUUGCAGCAGCAACAACACUACUUUGGGGACAAACAGAACCUAUUUCUUGAACCUUCAUCGUCGGAUGGCGGCUAUAAAGGAGGGAAGGAAUUUGCAUUCUUGCAAGGUACAUCUCCCGGAACAUCUUCUGUCUGCAGGCCACUUCUCAAGACCAUUGCUUUUCCGCAAACUGUUGGGGGAAGCCAUAUGAUGUUCUGUGACAGGUUAACGACACAAGUAGUCCAGGACUCGGAUUGUGCUCUCUCUCUUCUGUCAUCACCGCCGACGCAGACAUCCAGGACUAAUUUGAACAACAACAUGUUGCAGCCUAAUUCUAUUCUUCCAGUGCAUCAUCACACGGGGCGGAGUUUCAGCGAUCAUGGGCUAAAUUCCAUGAAUUCGGUGCUGGUUUCUAGCGGCACGGAUGCUAACAUCCAUUCUACUGCUUAUCAAAUGGGGUCUUCUAAUGAGGCAUCAGGAAACAAAGCUCCACAGACACUUCCCUUCUAUUGGGAAUAACUACUUACAUAACUUGCUCUGCAUAUUCACUUCCAAGUUCACAUUCUGUCCUUAUUCCAUGUUUGGGAAAUGGGAAAUCAACUAGUUCUCUUAUUUUGUUGUGACAAUGUAAUGUCUUGGGAGUAAUCAAGAUCUGCUCCUCAUUUUGAAUA